UCAACAAUGGAUUCAACAAACACAAACGAAGUAGCCCAUGACUUUCCUCCCUUCAUCCGUGUCUACAAAGACGGCCGUGUCGAGAGGCUCCUCGGCACAGAAACCAUUCCACCCACCACAGAUCCCAUAACUGGAGUCCAAUCCAAAGACAUCACAAUCUCACAAGACUCUGGUGUAUCUGCUCGAAUCUACCUCCCCAAAAUCACUACCAACUCGACCCAAAAGCUUCCUCUCCUUAUUUACAUCCAUGGUGGUGCUUUUUGCAUCGAAUCCCCAUUCUCUCCUCACUACCACAACCACCUUAACCUCAUUGUUUAUCAAGCAAACGUUGUGGCUGUGUCCAUCCAUUACAGAAGGGCCCCAGAACAUCCUCUUCCAAUUGCGUACGAUGACACUUGGGAAGCCAUGCAAUGGGCUUUUUCACACAAAAAUUCUGGUGGGCCUGAAGCUUGGCUCAAUGAACAUGCAGAUUUUGAUCGAGUUUUCUUAGCUGGGGACAGUGCUGGUGCUACUAUUGCUCACAACAUGGUGAGGAGAGUUGGGGUUGAUGGUCUUGAAGGGGUUAAGAUUGUUGGGAUUAUCUUGGUCCACCCUUAUUUUGGGAAUAAUGAGCCUAGCAAAUUUUUAGACUUUAUUUUUCCAACAAGUACUGGACCUGAUGAUCAUAGAAUAUACCCAGCUGGGGAUUCAGAAUUGUCAAGAUUGGGGUGCACUAAGGUCCUGGUUUUUGUUGCUGAAAAGGAUGGGUUGAAUGAUAGGGGUAAGAGUUACCAUGAGGUCCUGAAGAAAAGUGGGUGGGAUGGGACUGUAGAGAUUGUGGAGACAGAAGGUGAAGACCAUGUUUUUCAUUUGUUUAAUCCAAAUUGUGACAAGGCUGAUGACCUUGUCAAACGCAUGGCCUCUUUCAUCAAGGACAAUUAGACCCACUUGCUGUCUUGUUUGUGUGUUUGUGUUUGUGUUUUUUUUUUUUAUUCUUUUUUCGUUUUU